AUGAGUGAGGACGAUUGGAAGAAGCAGCUAAACAUCCCAAAGAAGGAUACGAGGCCCCAGACUGAUGAUGUGUUGAAUACUAAGGGGAACACGUUUGAAAACUUUUAUUUGAAGCGUGAAUUGUUGAUGGGGAUCUUUGAAGCUGGAUUUGAGAAGCCAUCUCCGAUUCAAGAGGAGGCGAUUCCCAUUGCGUUAACUAGAAGGGAUAUUUUGGCACGUGCCAAGAAUGGUACUGGCAAAACGGCAGCGUUUGUUAUUCCAACGUUGGAGCUAGUGAAGCCUAAGAUAAACAGUAUUCAGGCAUUGAUAAUGGUGCCAACAAGAGAACUGGCACUACAGAUGUCUCAGGUAGUGCGUACGCUGGGUAAGCAUUGUGGGGUGUCAUGUAUGGUUACCACUGGUGGGACUAAUUUGCGAGAUGAUAUUAUGAGAUUAAAUGAGCCCGUUCAUAUUCUUGUUGGAACUCCUGGUAGAGUGUUGGAUUUGGCUUCCCGUAAGCUUGCGGAUCUGAGCGAGUGCUCAUUGUUUAUUAUGGACGAAGCGGACAAAAUGUUAAGUCGUGAUUUUAAGUCUUUAAUUGAGCAGAUUCUAUCUUUCCUACCUUCUAGCCACCAAUCGCUAUUGUUCAGUGCGACAUUUCCGCUUACGGUGAAGGAAUUUAUGGUUAAACAUUUGAACAAACCCUACGAGAUCAACCUGAUGGAUGAAUUGACUUUGAAGGGUAUUACACAGUACUACGCGUUUGUAGAGGAGAGACAAAAGUUGCAUUGUUUAAACACAUUGUUUAGCAAGUUGCAGAUUAACCAAGCUAUUAUCUUCUGUAAUUCUACAAACAGGGUGGAGCUAUUGGCGAAGAAAAUUACGGAUUUGGGUUAUUCAUGUUAUUAUUCUCACGCUAGAAUGAAGCAACCAGAGAGAAACAAGGUUUUCCAUGAAUUUCGCCAAGGUAAGGUUCGUACGUUGGUUUGCUCGGAUUUGUUGACGCGUGGUAUUGAUAUUCAGGCUGUCAACGUAGUUAUCAACUUUGACUUUCCAAAGACUGCUGAGACUUACCUCCAUCGUAUUGGUAGGUCUGGUAGAUUUGGACAUUUAGGUUUGGCUAUUAAUUUGAUCAACUGGAACGACAGAUUUAACUUGUAUAAGAUUGAACAAGAAUUGGGCACUGAAAUUGCCGCUAUCCCUGCACAGAUUGACAAAUCAUUGUAUGUUGCAGAGGAUAGUACCGCUGUCCCAGUUCCAUUCCCUAUAGAAUCUUUGCAAGACAACACUCAUCAACCCAUGCAAGCACAAGUCAACCAGUACGCUAACUCCGUCCAGCAACAAAUCCCACCUCAACAAAUGCAGCAGCAGUUUAUCCAACAGCCACAGCCUGGACAACAAUCAUAUCCUGCUCAGAUGUACCAGCAGGGAAUUCCAUCACAACAAUAUGUCCAACCACAGUAUUAA